ACCCACAAAUAGAAAAGAAAAAAAGAAAAAAAAAGCCUAAAAUUUCCCCGCUCCACGGAAACACUCCGUCCCGUCCACAAAUGGAUCAACGGCGCAAUUUCUCGUUCUCCUCUCUCCUUCUACUUCUUCUUCUUCUACUCCUAUCGUCGGCAGUAGUCUUGGGAGAGUGCGAGGCUGACGAUAAUUCCGACCGCGACCGUGCGACGGCGCUGAAGUACAAGCUGGUAGCACUCGCGUCGAUUCUGCUGGCCGGAACGAUCGGAGUGUGCCUCCCGGUGGUCGCCCAGAAAAAGAUUCCGGCCUUGCACCCGGACAAGAACGUGUUCUUCCUCGUGAAGGCCUUCGCCGCCGGGGUCAUCCUUUCCACGGGAUUCAUCCACGUGUUCCCCGACGCGUUCGAGAGUUUGACCUCGCCCUGUCUCCCCGAGAAACCCUGGGGCGAUUUCCCGUUCGCCGGAUUUAUCGCCAUGGUGGCCGCGAUGGGGACUCUGGCGAUCGAUUCCUUUGCGACUUCGUAUUACACGCGGGCACACGGUAAAAAUUGUAUGGAUGGGAAGGACGGCGGCGGCGGCGGCGAUCUUGAGGCGACGGAUGGUGGCGGCGGCGGCGGUGGUCACGUGCACGUGCAUACGCAUGCGACUCACGGCCAUUCUCACGGCGCUAUUUCGGCGGGGUCGAGUUCUGAUGAGGCCCAACUCACUCGCCACCGCGUCAUCUCGCAGGUUUUGGAGGUUGGCAUCGUCGUGCACUCAGUGAUAAUCGGCAUUUCGUUGGGCGCAUCGGAGAGUCCCAAGACAAUAAGACCUUUGAUUGCCGCCCUGACGUUCCAUCAAUUCUUUGAAGGAAUGGGGCUUGGAGGCUGCAUUGCUCAGGCGAAAUUCAAGGCCAGAGUUGUGGCAUGGAUGUCUGUCUUCUUUUCACUCACAACUCCACUGGGAAUCGCAAUUGGAUUCGGCAUAUCCAACGUGUACAAGGAGAAUAGUCCAACUGCUUUGAUAAUGGAAGGAGUGUUCAAUGCAGCAUCAUCUGGAAUCUUGAUAUACAUGGCACUUGUGGAUAUGCUCGCAGCUGACUUCAUGAACCCAAAAGUGCAAGCCAGUGGACGACUUCAAAUCGGAGUGCAAAUUUCCCUUCUUUUAGGUUCUGGCUUUAUGUCCCUACUUGCAAAAUGGGCUUAAAUUUCCAUUAAACUUCUGUAGGUUUUUUUGUUUUGUUUUGGGGUAUUAUAUCCUUUCUCUUCUACUUCAUUGCAAUAUAAUUUGAAAUGAAAACUUCAUAGAAUUGUUCCGUUUCACGAUAGCACAUUGUAAAUAAACAAAAAAAGAAUCGAUUUUUAUCUCGCUCUCUGCCAUUUAGAUUAUAGAAAUGGAUUAGAUCCUGCCAUGUUAUUUGAGUUUUUAAUCAAUGAUCACAAGUUUGUGUCUUCUAAAUGUUCUAGUUUGUUUACCUAGCUAGCAGAGGAAACUAAUAAUUAGUUGAGUGUUUCCAAGAUGGAUGCCUUUCAGAAUGGGUGGGGAUUUUGAGUGUUUCCAAGAGGCUUGGUGGAAGCCGACGAGAUGGGCAAAGUACCAACGACUUGGAUGGUCGGUUACUUGGGCAUUAGGUUUUCGUUAUAUCAAGGUGGGUAGCAACGAAUCUCUAAGUAUGUGUCACUGGGGCUGUUAAUGGUGUGAUCGAGAGACUUCAUCUUUGAGGCAAGGCUGCUAGAUUUGAGUGAAGUUCAACUCAACAUUAAACCGGACCAAUAAUGAGGAUAACAAGUCAAAACUAACUAGUCACCAAGGUGAUAAGGAACCCCCGAGGUCGUUAAAGCAGUCAUUGAUAAAGUAGUUCCCUAAGGGUUACAUCUGAUUGCUAUAAAUAGGAAAAAUAAAAACGUAAUAAAAGUUCCCAAAAUCAACAUUUUACACCACAUGUCAAAAUUGUACCUUUUCUAUGCAAAUUAAAGUAACAUAAAGAGUUCUAGUUUAUGGAACUCUUUCUAAGAACAUCUCCAACAAUGAAAUUCAUUUGCAAUUUCAUAGGUGGUCCCAACUUUCAUUUAUGCAACUUUUAGAAAAUAAAAUUUCUAAAUUUCACCCUCCCUACAUCAAUGCAAUCCAAUUGCAAUUUCAGUGGGUGGGAUCAACACAUUAACUUAACGGGACGUUUGGAUGCAGUAUUUUGAUGAGAUAAUUUGGUCGAAAUAACUCAGAAUGAGGUAUGUCAAUCAAAAUAACUCUUAUGGCAAAAAUAAAGUAGAAUGUGAUAUUUUGUCCAUGAGUCAAUUGAAAUAAUUCAUUGUGAGUUAUUUGAAAUACCUACCCAGCCCCUAGUUAUUUCAAAUACCUCAUCUCCCAACUUCUUUUUCACUACAAAAAAAAAAGUGGUUCCAACGAGAGGAAAAAACGGUCGUUAAAAGACCAAAAACCCUCGUUAUAAGUCAAUAACGAUGGUAAACCUCCUGUCAUAGUAGGCUUCGCCGUUAAAAGCCAUUAAUGAGGGGACUUUUAAAACCCCAUCGUUAAAACUUUCUACGAGGGAUAACUUUUACUCUCGUUGAUGUUGACAAUUGAUAUAAAAAUUAUAAACAAAAAACUGUGGGACCUCCAUCGUUAGUUUGCAAUUAACCAUCCCAAAUUGGAUUAAUUAUUAAUUGAUAAAUCUCAAAUUUUAUCAUCACCAAUUCACCAUGAUUCACCUGGAUUACGCAACCUCUAAGAAAAUAACCAAAUCUUCCAAAACUGAUUUCAUAAGGGCUAAACACGAUUACAAUUGCAAAUAUUCAGUCAUUCAAAUACAAUCAUAAUCAUUCAUCGUUCAAGCAAAGAACAAGGAAAAAGUAGAACCAAAACAUAGUAUUCCGUUUAAGCUAUUAUACAUGAUUAUAGCUUCAAAAAGCCUUUUCCUCUGAAGCUCGCAUUUAUCAACCAAUCUACUCCUUUCGCAGUGACCUCGUGGCCUUGCUCUUUGUUAUUUCCAUUGGGAGCGUUGUUGUCAAUUCAUUGAAUGGAGGGCGGCAGAGGAAGACCUCGCGAUAAAGAGGAUCGAGAACGGAGGAGCGGCAACGAUCUUGGAGAAGGAGGGACACCAGGGGGUCAGAUUAGGGCCUGGCAAUAUAGAUCUGGCGGAGCUAGGGACUGAAAUAGAGAGUUCAAUACUCUGGUUUUCAAAUAUGGAGAUUUAGAUAGAUCUAGAAUCAAGGAGGAGUUUUCAGUAGAUGUGUGUUGGAAAGAUCUAGAGAUAAGUAGAUAUGAAGAGGCCUGAAGCAUGGUUUGGCCAUUGAAGGAUGUGGGCAGAUCUGAAAAGACAAGAGCUUCGCCAGGGGAAGAGGCAGAGAGAGGUGAGGGCCUGGAUAAGGAGAAGAGAAUAUAUUUUUUAUAUGAUUUUGUGGCUGAGAAUGAAGGUAAAGGGUGUAA